ACAAAACUUACCCUCACAAACUCGACGCUCCUUCACCCCCCCUCCCCACCUAAUCCAUCCUACAAUUGCUCUCGUAGAUACCUAAGUUCUUAAACCUUUCGAUCCUUGUCUCCCUUCGACAUGGCAUCAAAACGCGCGUUCCAAGUCUUACCCCUCCGCACCUCAUCCACAGUCCUCCGCUCACGAUGCUCAAUCUCGAGACAAAUAUUCAAACAACCUAGAGCGACCUACAACUACGUUGAAAGUGCACAGGUACGAAUUGCAGGCGUGCAGCAGCGAUGGCAUUCAGCAGGGAUUCCAGAGGACAAGAAGAGUAGGAUGUAUGAGUUUGAGGACAUUGUUGCGAUAGUAGAGAAUCCAAAGGAUACUGCUGUGCUGAUCGAUGUCCGCGAGCCCUCAGAAUACCUCUCAAACGCCAUCCCAACCUCCCUCAACAUUCCAAUAACAUCCCAACCCGAUGCACUCCUCUUGCCAUCCGACGAAUUCGAAGAUCGCUUCGGGUUUCAGAAACCUUCGGUUACUAAGGAGGUAGUGUUUUAUUGCAAAGCUGGGGUGAGGAGUGCGGCCGCGGCACAGAUUGCAAAACAGGCGGGCUAUGAGAAGGUGGGGGAGUAUAGGGGGAGUUGGUUGGAUUGGGAGAGGAAGGGGGGCGUGGGGACGAGGGAGGGGCCGAAGGAGACGGGGUAG